UAUGACCCUAUUGCAUAUACACACAAGUGUUGAGGGAUAAACUAUUAACAUUAUGGUAGUAAAUUGACUGCAAGCAUGGCAGGGGCCAAACCUGGCGUUCAUGUUGUACAGCUGAAACCGAUUCAGGUUCCAGAAUCAUUAGUGAAAGGGAAUAAAUUCAUAAAAUGGGACGAGGGUUCACAAACAGGAACCCCUGUCACCUUGAAGGUGGAUCCAAAGGGCUACAUCCUGUACUGGAAAGAUCAGAACAAGGAUAUGGACUUUCUAGACAUUUCCUACAUCCGAGACACAAGGACAGGGAGAUAUGCCAAGGUUCCCAAGGGUAGUAGUCGUAGGCCAUCAGCACCUGAGGGUAAGUUACGUGACCAAUGUAUGAUAGGUCCAUCAGAUGUCCCCACAGAAGACAAGACAAUCACAAUAUGUUAUGGCAAGGAUAUGACCAACAUCGAGUUUGUCAACUUUGUGUGUGCCAGUCGAGAUGUGGCCAGGGAGUGGACAGAAGAGCUGUUGAAGUUUGCCACUAACUUGUUAGCAUUAAAUGGCAGUGUCCUGUCGUAUCUAGAGAAAGCUCACACCAAGCUAACCCAUGUCCUCGAUGUCAAUGGAAGAAUUCCUGUAAAAAACAUAAUUAAAAUGGUAGCCAAAGAUUCAAGAGACGACAAGAGAAAAGUAGAGAAAGCAUUGGAAUCUGUGGGCUUUAUGGCAGGAAAGGACAGUUUUUUCAACUUGCCUUUUCAAAAGAUGGUGUCAAAAAACUCUAAACAGAAUGAAACCAUAGACCCCAACAAGUUUUCCUUUGAAGAUUUUUUCAGCUUCUAUCGUCAUCUUAUUGGAAGGACAGAAGUAGACAAAGUUUUUGAUGAAGUGGGAGCAAAGAAAAAGCCGUAUCUGACAGUGGAACAGUUUGUGCAAUUUUUAAACAAGCAGCAGAGAGAUCCACGAUUGAAUGAAAUUCUCUACCCCUACUACACCGUGCGGCAGGCACAAGACUUCAUAGACGAGUAUGAAUCUAGGGCAAAUAUGGCAGCAAAAGGGCAUUUGUCACAGGAUGGCUUCCUGAGAUUUCUGUUGAGUGACGAUAACAACAUUGUCCCUCCAGACUCCCUGGAUCUCAGCCAUGACAUGAAUCAACCUCUAGCACACUACUUCUGUAAUUCCAGUCAUAACACGUACCUACAGGGCCACCAACUGACAGGGCGAUCAUCCGUUGAGAUGUACAGACAGGUUCUACUUACAGGGUGUCGUUGUAUUGAGUUAGAUUGCUGGGAUGGUAGAAACGCUGAUGAAGAACCCAUCAUUACUCAUGGAUACACCAUGUGCACUGAGGUUCCUUUCAAGGAAGUUAUUGAAGCAAUCGCAGAAAGUGCUUUCAAAACAUCAGAAUAUCCAGUUAUACUUUCUUUUGAAAAUCACUGCUCGCAAAGGCAGCAAGCUAAGAUGGCAGCCCACUGCAGGAACAUAUUUGGUGACAUGUUACUGACAGACACACUAGACGGAUUUACUUUAGAUACAGGUGUUCCAUUGCCAAGCCCCAGUAGUCUAAUGCGUAAAAUUAUCGUCAAGAACAAGAAGAAACAUUUCCACCAAAGAGAAAAGCCAAAGCAGCGUCCAGUGAAGGAUACAAAUUCUGUGGAUGAAGGGGGUGGGACUGGGGGUGGGAUUGGAGGCAGUGAGGGGGGAAAACGGUCAGAGAGUGUGUCAGAGGACAACCUCAGUCAAGGAGUACCUGGCCCUGAUGCAAAUUUAGAGGAUGUGGCAUCUGAUUCCUCUGACAGCGAUGACGAUGAUGGGGAUGAUGAUAAUGAAGAGAGAAGACAGUUCAAUGUUGAGAAGGGUACAGCUGGACAAGAAGCCGAGGCUGGGCUAGAAAUGUCAAUGCUCGUUAAUUAUGUUCAACCAGUUCACUUCCAUUCCUUUGAAACUUCAGAAAAGAGAAACAAAAGUUUCGAGAUCUCCUCCUUUGUGGAAACUCAGGCAACCAGUCUUCUGAAAGAAUACCCUGUGGAAUUUGUCAAUUACAAUAAGAGACAGUUAAGUAGGAUAUACCCCCGCGGGACACGUGUGGACUCCAGUAACUUCCUUCCACAGAUCUUCUGGAAUGCGGGUUGCCAACUUGUGGCAUUAAACUUCCAAACUUUAGAUCUUGCCAUGCAAUUAAAUCUUGGAAUAUUUGAAUACAACAAUCAAUGUGGCUACAUCCUGAAGCCAGAUUUUAUGAGGAGAGAUGACAGACGAUUUGAUCCAUUUGCCGAAUCUAUUAUGGAUGGUGUAGUGGCAGCCACAUUAACUAUUAAGGUUAUAUCAGGGCAAUUUUUAACAGACAAAAAAAUUGGUACUUAUGUUGAAGUGGAUAUGUAUGGUCUACCCACAGAUACAGUUCGUAAACGUCACCGAACUAGAACAGUCCCAAAUAAUGGCAUUAAUCCUGUCUAUGAUGAGGAGCCAUUUGUAUUUAAAAAGGUUGUGUUGCCGACUUUGGCAGUGAUACGGCUUGCUGUGAUGGAUGAGAACAAUAAAUUGUUGGGUCACAGGGUGCUACCAGUGGAGGGACUAAGACCAGGUUACAGACAUAUACCUCUGAGGAACGAGUGUAACUUGCCAUUAUUAAUGCCCACUGUCUUCGUACACAUCAAUGUGAAAGAUUAUGUUCCUGAUGAUAUGUCUGUUUAUAUUGAUGCACUAAUAAAUCCCAUAGCCUACCUAUCAGAACAGGAGAAACAUAGUCAGCAGUUAGCCGUGCUAGAGGACUCGGAGUUUGUCUCUGCACAGCCAAACGGUAAAACCUCUGGUCCCACCUCACCACAACACCGAGAAGUGAAUCCUCUAAACCGAACCAAGAGCCCAACCCCUGCAAUGCCAGAGGAAAUAACCAAGGAGAAAAUCAGCAAGAAACCCACUCAUCCAAUAGUUAAACCAGAAACAAGCAAUGGCCAACCAAAUCAGUUCAACCAAAUAUCCCUUAAAGAAAACAAAGGGCAGCCAGUGAGCACAAUUCAAUCACUAUUAAAUGACCCAGCAUUACUGGUUCCAACACCUUUGAAAGAUCUCAAAAAUCAAAAGGCAUUCUUCAAGGUUAUCUGCAAAAGGGAUAAAGAACUGGAGUCACUUAGUAAAAAGCAUGAAAAGGCCAGGGAAACUAUGCGUGAGGUACAUGAGCUACAGGAGGAGAGACUCAUGAUAUCUCAGGUGAAAGCUAAGACCGCCUUGGAAAAAUUCCACGCUAAAUCGUUAAAGAAAGCUAUAAAAGCAGGCAAUGUCGAGCAAGUGGAACAGGCAAACAGACAAGAGUAUCAGAAGCUCACUCGUGAACAUGAUGAGAAGCAUAAAGAACUGCGCAAAACACAGGCAGAAGUAUUUGUGGCCAUGUGCAAAGAUCAUUUCCAGGCAGAAAUGGAUGUUAUGUUAAAACAUCAUGAUGCAGUUUAUGAUGCUCUGAAGGUGAUCAUGGAUUUAAAUCAUCGAGAGCAUGAAAAGAGACUGACGGCAGUUUAUGAGAUGGAGGUAGAGGAACACAGAAGGAAAAUGGAGGAACACAGCAAGAAGGAAAUGAAGGCCCUCAGUAAAAUGUACAAGGACAAAAAUGAACUUGCAAGGAUAAAGCGAGAAGCACAAAACAAACAUAUAGAUGAAGUGGUGCAAGAGAGAGCCAAGCAUAAAGACCUACUGGACAAAAAGAGAGAAGAACUGAAACAGGAGCUAGGCUCAAUUCAGCAGGAAUUUGAUAGAGAGAGAGAAAUGGUGCCCAAGGAAUAUAGAUCAGCAUUUGAAGAGAAAUGUCGGAAACUGACUGAUCAAUUCCGUGAUGUAGGACUAUGUGAUUCUCAUGAGGAAUUGAAUGGGGAACAAAAUACGCCACUUUAAUACUACAGGUCAUGUGUUUGAUCAUGUGAUAGAUUCAGGAACCAAAAUAUGUAGCAUGGCAUUUCUUGUUUACAACCAUCUUUUGUUGACUGUAUGUUAUACAUGGAAAUCAUUAUAUUUUAAUGUACAUUGUGUAGAAGAUGUAGAGGCCAAGACUGUGAUGCCAAGGUAUUUAUUAUAGAGAUGGAAGCCAGUGUCUAACAGUUUACAGCUGAUAAGGUUCUCACAGUACAUGUAUUUAAUUAAGGACAAUUUUUUACUUGGUGACAAUCUUAUUUUUUCCCAAUUCUUUAUUUCUGUCUUUGAACUAAGAAUAUUCUUCUUUGACUAUGAAUGAAAAGACAGGUACUUGUAAGUUGAGAAUAGAGAUAAAUGAAAUGAUUGCAUACUAAUGGUGAUAAACUUUUUUUUCAAAAUUUUAUUAUUAUCACUGCCUCUUUAAAAUGAAUUUAUGACAUUGAGUUUAAGCAUAAUAUUUUAUAGCAAACAUGAAAAUUGUUUGUUUGAUUUUUUUUUGGCAAAUUUUUAAUACAAAGUAUGAUAUCUGGUUUGUGUACAUAAUGAGAUGAAAAUAUAAGGUCUGGCAUUUGAUGUUGAUUUCUAUGUGUUUGUAGAUUUUGCAGGUCAAAAUAUUUAAUGAAUGUAAUUCAUUUAAAAGUAGUUUAUUAUCUGUCAUAGGUACACUUAAUACAAUCAUUCCAAAUGUAAUUUCUGAAUCAGUCAUUACUCUAUUAUGUAACUAUAUUUGAUAGGUGGAUAGUGUAGAUUUUUGGAUGAUUCUGUCGCAACAUCUAUUCAAGGAUGUCACAGUCUAAUUUCUUAACCAGUCUGUACCACAUACAAUGAGAUUUAUGCUCAGAUUGUCUAUUGUUUAAACAUGAAAGUUUUCAAGAAAUUGUAUAGUGUUCUGUAAAACAUAUUGCUACAUAUAUGCACAAAAUACACACAAGAACUGUAUGGUCUACUUUUGAAAAAAUUGUAGUGUAUACUAUACAUGUACGUAUCAUUUCUUGAGAGCCCUGAUGCGGGCUCCAUUGAUAGUGCUCCAAUCCUUGCCCAACCUGAUGGACGUGUUCUUGGAAAUAGCCAUUCCAAUCGUCAAAAUCUACUGUGGAUAUUUUGUAUGUUCUAUUAUACAGCAUUACUUAGAAAAUAAUUUUUUGUUACCUUUAAUGAACUUUUAUUGUUAAUUUCAUUACUGGAUGCAUGUCCAUUGGGCAUUAAUGACCGGUACUACAGCAGAUUUGUUAUGUUGAAAGAAUUCCCUUAAUUGUUGUCAUGACAACGUAAUAUCAUGAAUAUUCAUGAUGUAACACAUUACCAUAUAUGUUAACUAGUGGGCGGCGGUCUCUGUAGUGUUGACUUUGUCUUUCUCAUAUUUUAACCAGUUUAUGUAUACAUACCAUGGUGUUGUUUAUAUAUUAUAUCACAAAUUUUGUUUUCUUUUUUUUUAUUAUUAUUAUUUUCAAUUUUUACAAGAGGUAUAUCUAGAUUAUUAUAUAGAACCAUAUGUACAAUAUAUAUAUUGUAAGUAAUUGUGCAAAGUGAUGAAAAAUGUAAGUGUUAUUGUUUACUGAAAUCUACAAAACCAAUGUAAUUAAAAAGGAUCUUGAUUACCAGGGUUGAGAGAAAGGGAGACUACUGUGUUUAUUCUUUAUUGAAAAUGUCACAAGGAAAUAUAAUGAUUUAACUAUUAUGUUAUGCAGUUCUUUGUUUUGUUAAUAUUAAAAUUAUACUCUUAAAUAUGCAUCUUUAAAAUAUAUGUGUGUAUGUUUUUGUCCAUUUUUUUCAUAAUUUGUUAUGAUCAAUAUUUUUUUCCCUUUUAUGUAUAUUUGUCUUUGAAAAGACAUUCUGGUGCAAAGUAAUGGUUUUAAAAUGAUUUGUAUUAGUUCUCCAUGAUGGAUUGACCUUUGCUAAAAUGAUUUCCCUACUAGUAGCUUUCUUCUUUAUUACUGUAAAGUGUUAUUAGGUACUGUCUACAUGUACAUGCUAGACAGUUUAUAAAGUGCUAUUUUAUUAUAUUAGUUUUUUGGAUCUAUUUUCAUUUGAUUACCAGUGUUUUAACUUAAAGAAAAGGAAAAUCAUAAGAUUUUUUGUAGGACUUAAUUAUGAUUAUUAUUUAGGUUUUGUUUUGUUACAAAAAAAGAGAAUUUUCUUUAUCUAGUUAACACCAAGAAUGGCCUCGUCUUUUUUUAUUUUACUGUUCAUGUCUCCCAAAAAUGAUAAAGAAUGACUCGUUUACUUUCAAUGGUCUGUUUUUUUUUUUCAGUGUGUUAAAUAGGUGCUUCUUGCUUCUUUUGAUAUAAUCAGAGAAAACCAUGAGAUUACAACAGACCACUACCUUAUAAUUGGAAUAUGCAAAUUUUAUUUUAUGCAUAUUGCUUUUGCAGAAGAUACAACAUGACUUCUUAUAAGAACUGAAGACUUUGUACUUUUUCUUGUCAAUUUUUUUUGUAUGUCUCCCAUUUGUUUUGUUAUCAAACAAUCGUCAUAUGUUAACUGCAGGUGAUCCUAAUAAAAAGAAAAUAACCAGAA